GGCGGCGCGCAGGCCCGCCGAGCAACGGCCGCCGCGGCCUCCUGCCCGGCCCCGCCCGGCGGGCGCGCGGGGAUGCGGAGCGGCGGGCGGCGGAGGCCGCGGCCCGGCUAGGCCCGCUCUCGCGCCGGACGCCGCGCCCGCUGGUGGGCGGCAGGGAGGCCCUGCUGAGAGGGGACCAGGAGAGGCGCCCUGGCUGCCCCGGCCCCCUGGAGCCCGGGCACCAUGAACGACGGGGCCAUCGUAAAGGAGGGCUGGCUGCACAAACGAGGGGAGUACAUCAAGACCUGGCGGCCCCGGUACUUCCUUCUCAAGAGUGACGGCACCUUCAUCGGCUACAAGGAGCGGCCGCAGGACGUGGACCAGCGCGAGUGUCCCCUCAACAACUUCUCUGUGGCACAGUGCCAGCUGAUGAAGACGGAGCGGCCCAGGCCCAACACGUUCAUCAUCCGGUGCCUGCAGUGGACCACGGUCAUCGAGCGCACCUUCCACGUGGAGACCCCCGAGGAGCGGGAGGAGUGGACCACUGCCAUCCAGACGGUGGCCGAUGGGCUCAAGCGGCAGGAGGAGGAGUUGAUGGACUUCCGGUCGGCGUCGCCCGGGGACAACUCUGGGGCCGAGGAGAUGGAGGUGUCCCUGGCCAAGCCCAAGCACCGCGUGACCAUGAAUGAGUUUGAGUACCUGAAGCUUCUGGGCAAAGGCACCUUUGGGAAGGUGAUCCUGGUGAAGGAGAAGGCCACGGGCCGCUACUACGCCAUGAAGAUCCUGAAGAAGGAGGUCAUCGUGGCCAAGGACGAGGUGGCCCACACGCUCACGGAGAACCGCGUCCUGCAGAACUCCCGGCACCCCUUCCUGACAGCCCUGAAGUACUCCUUCCAGACCCACGACCGCCUCUGCUUCGUCAUGGAGUACGCCAACGGGGGCGAGCUCUUCUUCCACCUGUCCCGGGAGCGGGUGUUCCCCGAGGACCGGGCCCGCUUCUACGGUGCCGAGAUCGUGUCGGCCCUGGACUACCUGCACUCGGAGAAGAACGUGGUCUACCGCGACCUCAAGCUGGAGAACCUCAUGCUGGACAAGGACGGGCACAUCAAGAUCACGGACUUCGGCCUGUGCAAGGAGGGCAUCAAGGACGGUGCCACCAUGAAGACCUUCUGCGGGACGCCCGAGUACCUGGCCCCCGAGGUGCUGGAGGACAACGACUACGGCCGGGCGGUGGACUGGUGGGGGCUGGGCGUGGUCAUGUACGAGAUGAUGUGCGGCCGCCUGCCCUUCUACAACCAGGACCACGAGAAGCUCUUCGAGCUCAUCCUCAUGGGGGAGAUCCGCUUCCCGCGCACGCUCAGCCCCGAGGCCAAGUCCCUGCUCUCGGGGCUGCUCAAGAAGGACCCCAAGCAGAGGCUUGGUGGGGGUUCCGAGGAUGCCAAGGAGAUAAUGCAGCACCGCUUCUUUGCCGGCAUCACGUGGCAGGACGUGUACGAGAAGAAGCUGAGUCCACCCUUCAAGCCCCAGGUCACGUCGGAGACGGACACCAGGUAUUUUGAUGAGGAGUUCACGGCCCAGAUGAUCACCAUCACGCCGCCUGACCAAGAUGACCACAUGGAGGGCGUGGACAGCGAGCGGAGACCCCACUUUCCCCAGUUCUCCUACUCGGCCAGUGGCACAGCCUGAGGAGGGUCAGCCACGUGCUCCAGAUGAUGGCCUCACCGCGAUGCAAUGGGAAGGAAGCCAGCCCCAAUGAUCUGUAUUCGAUGUUUUUAUAGGAACUGCGCCGCUCCUGCGAGCACGGAUGGUUUCGUGGGCAGGGCUGUCUUCCUUGAGGGCUGCGGCCUCCCGACCAGCUGGGAUGGGAGGAAAAUUGUCCACAUUUUCUUCUUAAUUUAUUUCAUCCAGUUCUCCAGAACAAUUAGAUUCAUGUAGAAAAACAAGGACUUCUACAGCCACGUGCAGCUGGGGUUCUGGGUGGGCCCCGUCCCACAGCUGGCUACCACCCGUCUCAGCUCAGCCGGGGGGGCCAGGGGCGACCUGGUGCGGUCUGCUGGCCCGGCCCCCGCUUCCUCAGGGUGGGGCCCUCAGCGCUGAGGCCGAGGAGUGGGCGGCCUGGGACUCGCCUUGACAGACGGGAACAAGGCUGAAAUUGUUGCUGUGUAUUAUGCUGUCUACCUGCAUCUGGGGGUUUUUAAUCUUAGGAGGAAGUCCCUCCCUCUCACCCCUCUUUUCCCUCUGGGACCGGCUCCCCUGAUGGCUUCCCCAUACCACUUGUCCUGAAUAGCUUCACCGCGCCAUGCGCUCCAGCCCGCCUCACCAGACGCCCAUGGGGAGGGCCCUCACUGUGCCCUCCACGCCCCAGGCCAGACGCCACACCGCACAUGGCAGUUUUUACAUUCAACUUGAGUAUUUUUACUACGAGACUUUCCCUCCAAAUUCUUCAAUAAAAAUUGCUUUUCAA